AUGAAGAGAUCUCUGGGAUCAGGCUCCAAGAUCACACAUAAUGUUCUUCCUUACCAAACCCCAAGACUCAGGGAUCACUACACUUUAGGCAAGAAACUAGGCCAAGGCCAGUUUGGGACAACAUACCAAUGCAAAGAGAAGGCCACAGGGAUAGAAUACGCGUGCAAAUCCAUCCCCAAGCGCAAGCUUCUGUGCAAGGAAGAUUACGAGGACGUGUGGAGGGAGAUUCAGAUAAUGCACCAUUUGUCCGAGCAUCCCACUGUGGUGAGGAUCAAAGGGACUUACGAAGACAACCUUUUCGUGCAUUUGGUCAUGGAGUUAUGCGCUGGAGGCGAGCUCUUCGACAGAAUUAUACAGAGGGGCCAUUACACAGAGAGGAAGGCAGCCCAGCUCAUGAAAACCAUUGCCGGCGUUGUCGAAGCCUGCCAUUCUUUAGGUGUCAUGCAUAGGGAUUUCAAGCCGGAGAAUUUCCUUUUCGAUACCCCCGAUGAGGACGCCAAGCUUAAGGCCACAGAUUUUGGAUUGUCUGUUUUCUACAAGCCUGGGCAAUAUCUGUCUGAGGUUGUUGGAAGUCCAUACUAUGUUGCCCCUGAAGUAUUGCAUAAGCAUUAUGGUCCUGAAGCUGAUGUAUGGAGUGCAGGGGUUAUUCUUUACAUAUUACUGUCAGGGGUGCCUCCCUUUUGGGCAGAGACAGAUAAUGGGAUAUUCAAGCAGAUAUUGAAUGGCAAGGUAGACUUGGUUUCAGAACCAUGGCCUCAAAUUUCAGACAGUGCAAAGGAUUUGGUAAGGAAGAUGCUCGAAAGGGAUCCAAAAAAGCGAAUAUCUGCGCAUCAAGUGUUAUGCCAUCCUUGGAUUGUGGAUGACAAUGUUGCACCGGACAAGCCUCUCGGAUCCGCUGUUCUUUCACGGCUAAAGCAAUUUUCUGCAAUGAACAAGCUUAAGAAGAUGGCUCUGCGUGUCAUUGCUGAAAGACUGUCGGAAGAAGAAAUCGGGGGAUUAAGACAGUUGUUCAAAAUGAUAGAUACAGACAACAGUGGAACCAUAACAUUUGAGGAGCUAGAAAAAGGCCUGAGAAAAGUGGGAUCAGAAAUGAUGGAAGCAGACAUCAUGGCGCUUAUGGCUGCGGCCGAUGUGGACAACAGUGGAACUAUAGACUACGGCGAAUUCCUGGCUGCUACUUUACAUCUGAAUAAAAUGGAGAGGGAGGAGAACUUACUGGCUGCCUUUGCUUUCUUCGACAAGGAUGGCAGUGGCUACAUCACCAUAGAUGAGCUCCAACAGGCCUGCAAAGAUUUCGGGCUGGCAGAUGCUCAUCUUGAAGACAUGAUUAAAGAAAUCGACACAGAUAAUGACGGGAGAAUAGACUAUGGAGAAUUUGCUACAAUGAUGAGGAAGGGGAAUCAAGGGCUGGGGGCCAGAACCAUGAGAGGGAACUUGAAUUUUAACUUAGCAGAUGCCCUGGAAGGUAAGAAAGUAGCAGGGGAAGGGGAAACAGACAGCUAA